AUGAUGCAGGAGCUGGACACAGGUAAGUACUCCACAGGUUGGUGAAUGUAAAAGAGGCUUUAUUUAAUAUUAAAAAAUACUGAACAUACAGCUUACUAUGGUGAAUAAAUUACCUGUAUAAAACAAGUAUGUGGGUGGAGUAAAAUCCUCACUUGACACGUUUCGCUGAAGCUUUUUCGAAAGUGGGUAUCGUUUAGUGCAAGGACGGCUUUUUAAAUGUUCCAGUUCCUGGGUUGAGAGGUUGUUGUACUUUACUAGGAAGUGACGUAUGUGAAAGUUGUCCAGACGCCAUUUUAGGCAAGGGCAAUAGUCCAGUAUAUGUAUAAAGAUGCCAGAAUAAGUGAAUCUAUAGUUAAAGACUAUGUAGAUGGCAUCUAUUAAGUCUUUAAAUAAAUAAUGGCGAAGUAUGUAUUGACAGUCAAUUACCACUUAUACAUAUUGAUUUAUACAAUAAAUCGCCAUCUAUAUGUAUGAAUACAGAAAUUGGAAUUUAUAAAAUGGUAAUAUAAUAAUAUUAUAUAUAGUAAUUAAAAGAGAAUAUAAUGCAGAAAAAACAAUAUAUAUUUAAAACUAAUUAUAUUUAGAAAACAUUGGGGCUUAAGCACGGAACGAAGCAGACGCCUUUUCAGCAGCUCCGACGGCGCUCUGUACAAUCUGACAAUUAUCUUAAGAUACACAACCCAUCCAAUGACAUCCACACAAGCAUCAACACUCCAGCGACUCCCGAUGCACAUGCCGUUCUUUCCUAAUUUCGGACAGAGCCGGUGACAAAAAAAGCCUGCGGCCUACCAUCUCCCUACAUGCCUUGAAGACCUACUGGGGUACUUCCCCUUACAGCGCAAUUUGGACUGGAUCGCAGAAAAUAACCUAACUGCUGAUCGUCCCUCAACCAUCGGGAGACGCUCACAGAAACCUCCGCCAGGUACACCAAGUGAAUCCCAAGACAUUGGGGCUCUGAUGCAACGCCAGGCCCUGCCCAAAAUGGCGAUACCAGAGAACCAGGAGGCCUCUGCAUACUCUCAGACCCACACACCAGACUGCCCUCAAGCUCACAACCUGCCACAAGCACCAGAGCAAACCGCUGCAGGCUUCCCCUAUAUAUCAGCUCUGGCCACCAAGCAAGAUAUUAAAAAUCUCUUAAAUGAAUUCUGCCAAACGCUAGCCAUGGACAUAUCAGUCAUCCAGGCUGACUUACAGGUGGUUACAGACAGGGUGAGAGCCACUGAAGAGUACAUCAUAGAUGUGAGGUGGGAAGUGACCAAUGUGAAGGACUCCCUGCAAAAUGUCCAAAAAACACAACAAGCAUUCUCUACGCACCUUGCUACGCUGAAGGACCAUUCCAGACGUAAUAACCUGAAGAUAACCUGA